AUUACACGUUCAUUAUCGAAGUGACACUGCGAGACUAACGUAAGCAGAUCAGUCGCAAAAUUUAACAAGAUUUUGGACUAACUGAGAUUAUAAAAAGGGGUACAAUUGUGGAAUACAUUUGGCCAGUAUUAGACAUUAACACUCCCACCAACAGAAAACGCCAGCGGAGUGAAUCUAUUGCAAGGGAGCAAAAGCAGAGCGCUGUUCAGAAGACAGUCCGCUUUACAGCCACCUAGGCGAAGAAAUCCAGUUCGGACUUGAGUACAUUUAUUGCCAAAUACACCAAAAGAAAUGUCUGCCCCUGCAGCCGGAGCACCAGCGCCAGAGGGAGCUAACCAACCUCCCAACCUCACCAGCAACCGCCGCCUGCAGCAGACACAGGCACAAGUAGAUGAGGUGGUGGACAUUAUGCGUGUGAACGUGGACAAGGUCCUGGAACGUGAUCAGAAGCUAUCUGAGCUCGAUGACCGGGCUGACGCUUUGCAGGCUGGGGCUUCACAGUUCGAGACCAGCGCCGCCAAACUCAAGAACAAGUAUUGGUGGAAGAAUGCCAAGAUGAUGAUUAUUCUGGGGGUGAUAUGUGUGAUUGUCCUCAUCGUUGUCAUCGUGUACUUCAGUACCUAAGAAGAGUGACUCCUACCCCAGUCGGCACUCGAGACUGCCAGCUACCCUGUGACAGAAAACCCUUCUAAUUGAUGACAAAAGUAACAAUUGACGAUCAAUCAGUUAAUUCGAUUGUUCCCUAAACAGUCUCUAAAUAUGACACUUCUGGCCCCCUCACCCCUCCCCUUCCCAACCCUUGCUUCCACCACCUCACCUCUGGACCCCUGUCAAUCUUCGUCCUGUGAGUUUGUGGCCCUGCCUCCUGUGUAAAUACUGCUUUUCUAAACUUAAUUUCACACUCAGAACCCAAUACUUGUUGUGAUUGUUACUUGAUAACAACAACAGAAAAAGGAAACUAUGGUCCUGGCGGUAAUUGUUAUAUACCAGAUAUGAAAUAUAUAUAUAUAGUUCUUUGUAGAGUUUUAUUCUGAUAUAAUGUUUUUUGUAGGUUGUGUGUGUGUGCGUUUUGUAUUUUUUAAUUUUUGUAUUAAUUUGACUUACGCUUCAGAAUUCAACUACUGCCUAAUCAUCAGAGUGUGUAUAUCUUGCACGUUCUUUUACUGUUCCUGCCUGUCUCUGGUUUCCUCUGGCUCUGUUUCAGAGCAUAGGUGCAUAUUUGCACAGUGGACUUAGUUUCCUUUAACUGAGGUAAUCAAUAUUCCCCUCACUUUCUCCCAUCCUUCCUUCUUUCUUCCAAACUUCCUCAUUCGUUCGUUCGUUCUUUCUCUCUCUCUCUCUCUCUCUCUCUCUCUCUCUCUCUCUCUCUCUCUCUCUCUCUCUCUCUCUCUCUCUCUUCUUUGUAAACUGCCAUAGUACAGUUGGACCAAUGUCUGUAGAUGUUACUUAAGUUACUUUUUAGUGUCUUAUUUCGAAAACAUUCCUACAUUGCAGUCUAGUGCAAAUGCUGUUGGUGUAGCACAUGUAUGUGUAAGUAUCUUUGAAAAGUUAAAAUAUAUAUAUAUAUAUGUAUAAAGUAAAAGUAAAUAUUAUCACCAAUAUCAAUCUAACAAGUCAGUGAUGAAAACAUAUUCUGCUAGAAAAUUAUUAAUUCAUGGUUUCUUUGGGGGUUUUGACCAUGUCCAAUUGGCUCAUGUUUAAACAUCUGGAAUUAUUUAGAUUUUUCUAACUCUUCUCCAAUCGUACGGUGAUGUCAUUGCUAACAAACAGCGGACAUAGACUUGUAACUGAUACUUACACCUGGGGGGAAAAAAACUGUAGCUGUACAAACUGGUGACAGAUAUCAAUGCUGUGUUUUGAAAUAGGUGUCUCAUUCAGGCACUCCCAAUCUGAGACACAGACAAGCCUUAGUCUCAUAGUGAUCAAUUACAAACCAACUCUUUGGAGAUUUUGAGGGCCAAACUAUCCUCACACAGUUUUUACUUUUGUGUAGGAGGAGUGGCUAAAUGAAUAAGGGGAAGCGGUUUCAAAUGCACAAAUGUCCUUGUUUUUGAUGGCGCUGUUGGGCUGGUCAAACGUCUGACCGGCCGAGAGAGAACCACAUGCAGCAAAGCCUCACCUGUUGACGAGCACACCUGCCUUACUCUCAGUGAGGGUACAAGUCCGAAAACGGACGAGAAAUUAGGAAAAGAAAUGGCAAACAGGCUAUAAUCCGGAAAAAAAAACAUUGCUCGACUAGUCGGUGAAUUGGCCCUGUGGUCGCAUCUUUCAUAUUGUCAGGGAUUUGCUGUCAGAAGUUGAGCACUGUAGCCAGCCUUCCAAGAAACGUUACGAGAAACAUCUUCCAUUUCCAAAACACGUACAGGAAUGAACGUUUAGCUGUUGCAGUGGUUCUCUCUCUCUCUUUUUGUGUCUCCCUAGUUACUGCCUUUUUCUUUUGUAACCAUAGUAAUAGAGUAUAUUUAUAUAGUAUAUUUUUUUUGUGUGUGAAACAGACAGAUACAGAGAGUGCAAUCAGGAUUUAACUCAUUGCUGUUAGCAGUAAGAUUCUCAAUCUCUGUGUGUCUUGUAUGUGUGAGUGUAUUUUUUGCAAGUCAGCUCUGUAAGUUACACACUGCCAAGCAACUAGGGAGAGGCUUCUGUUCUCAAUUAUUUUCUCAUUGGUGCCCUUACUGGUUUGGUCUUAAUAGAUGCUCUAGCUUGCUCUACACAUACAAAAAACCCUGUUUCUCAAUCUAUCCUCAAUCAAAGAAAACACUCAUUGUGAUUGUAGGUACACCUAUAGAUAUUUUCCCCUUUCAACGAUCCUCCAGUGUGUGUGUGUGUGUGUGUGUGUUGGAGGAGCUCUGCCUGUUUUGGGAAUAUCCCUGGUUUAUCCUGACAGAUUAGGCCGCUUUGACCUAGACGGCAGGGCAAGCUGUUACUAUGACAACUUAAUAGUGUAAGUGUAUGUGUGUGUGUGUGGGAGGGUGUGUGUGUGUGUAGGAGGGUGCGUAUAGAGCAGAACAGUCAACACUGCUCUGAUUUGCCUUUUUAAUCCUAAUCUUUGUGGGCAGAGAACUCCAACCAACUUUCACACACACUCACACACCGGCACACACACUCACACACCGGUACACACACACACACUUACACACACACAGUCAACAACAUACACUUACACACACAAAUACACACACACAGUCAAACACUUACACUUACUCACAUACAGACACUCACUCACACAUGCUCUCAUUUGAAAAGAAAUGGCCUUAGAAUGCCCCAUUUCCCAGUGUUCUCCCUAAAUAGAGCAAAACUAAUACACAGGAAUAUUACCAAAGACCAGAUUUUCUUGCUUUAUACUGCCAACUGCCAUCAAAAACAAGUCAAGGGACACGACACGUUCUCCCUGAAUCACUUGAACAGCAACCGCCCUCCCCUAUUUUUGAGAGCUCAUACCCUUUAUUCAAAAGACCUAGUUACCCAGUUCAUCACACUGGAUAAGGCACAGAGAUCUAAAUGUACAUUUUACCAUAGAAACCCAAACCCCCCAAGCACAACGUGCUUUAGCACCUUCUCCUGAGUCCCCCCUCAUAAGAGUGUAGUGUCCGUCCAGGUCUGGAGAGCUACCUUAACCUGUAACAAAUCUUCAGACAUAUGCUCCUAUAUCUUAUAAAUAGCACAACUCCUCUUUUUGUGUGUCUGUAGUGCUGACGAUUUCAAAAUAAAACAAAGUAUAAACUUGAACUAUAGCUGUUAAAACAAAAAGCAAAAAAAAAAAAAAAAAAAUCAAUGAUCUGUAUUGUUUGGUGUCGUAGUGUGGGGUGUUUUGGGGGGAAGGGGGUCCAAUUUCCUCAGGUAGGAGAUAUAAAAAUUUCCAUCGAAAUCUAGUUGAAGAUUUAAAAAAAAACAUUAAGUCAAAUUUGGAAUUUCAGCCAAUUUAAAACAUUCGAGGGGUUACUAUAAAUAGUCAAUGGCACCUCUCACUGGAGUUAACACGUUCUCAGUCUACUGGAGUGACUUUACACUGGUGGGGGUAGGACACCAGUGUUACUCACUAAUUCAAGGGUUGUCCUAAGAAUGCUCAGCCAAUCAAAUACAAAAAAAAACUGUCAAAAUUGGUGUAUGUGAGUGUUCUUUCUGUUGCUUUUUCUCUGUAAGAAAGGACGCGUGCAUCUUUCAACGACCUGACACUUUUUCUGUUGUAUUCUAGGUAUUCAGUUGGUGGGGUGGGUGUGGGGACGGCUCAAAUCUAAAACGGUAGAGAUCAUUGUUUUUAUGUCAACCUAAAGAGGCGUGGAGUGAUCUCAUCACAGGAGGGAACCUUUUGAGACACUGCACCCUCCGAGUUUGAUCGUAAACGAACAACGCUCUGUCCGUUCACACCGAAAUCACAUGAUCUGGACCAAAUGUUUCCCCUUUUGAUUUGUGUUAAGUUACUGAUAACUUUAGAAUUACGUCAGUGGCUUGCGUGCUUGUACUUUUGGACAGAAGAAGAAGAAGAAAAAGACAAUAGAGACUUUCUAUGUAAAUCCUAUUAGACAGGUCAGGAAACUGAGAUGGUAUUUUUACCAUCCUGUUAAACCAUAUGUUCAGUACGUUUAGACUGAUGUCAUGAAUUGCGCCAGAUUUCUGUGUUGUUAAAUUAUUUUUAUUUUAGGGAGGGAACUAUUUUCUUUUUUCUUUUGGGUCCGGGGUUUCGGGAAUAAGAACUCAUAUGUCCCCUGUUGGCCAAGGCUUACUGGAGGGACUAGACUGGGUGAUCAUGGGAAAUGUGUAUUCUUGUUUAUUUUUUGUUAACCUAUUGAUACAUUUCUUGUUUUUAUUUGGUAAGGGAUUUGGAAACUAACACGGUGGAUUACAAUGCAACAGAGGAAACUAAUGGAAAAGUACAUAAUUGUAGUGUGAAUCUAUCAAUGUCUUAUUAUAUUGAUGAACAUCAUGGAAAUAUAUCUAUAUUGGAAAAACAACGAUGAUGAUGACUUGUGUUUAUUACCCCAGUUUAGGAAUAUUCCGUGUGUGAUGUGGCUGUGUGGGUGGCUGUUUGAUUACCAUGACGACAUAAAACUGAAUAAAACCAAUGAAAAAAAUGGGUCCAAAACACAA